UGUGGAGGGCGGGCCUCUCGUCCGCUGCUGCUACAGGGAUACCAAGAUGGAAAUUCAGGGGCUUACUAUUGCCCAAAACACACACCAUAAACAUGGCGUCUCACGUCGGACAGGGUUGUCUCCACCGGGAUCGGCGACAGGCGCUCGUUGUCUCAACUUGUCGAAUAAAAUCGGAGUCAAAAACGACUCGGAAUCACGCGAACGGGAAAGUGACAACAACAACAACUGGCCUAGGACAUCUCCAUUUCGCCUGCUGGCAGAAAAUGGCAGCGGUGGUAGUCAGUCUCUUCUUAGACAGAAUAGUAAAAGGAACGUACAGCAAGUACAAAGACGCCCUGAACAAAGUGGACUCCGUAACGUGAUCGGUGCACAUGGGGCAGGUGUCAAAGAACAGCAAUUGCAACAAGACUGUUUGGAAAGUGGGUCGAAAUCCGAGUUUGAGAGUACAGAAACCGGAAUGCAAAUGGCGCUUCCUGUCUGUUGUGUGGUUGAAGAGAGUCACACACAACGACGGCAGCCUCCGCUUUUACGGCAGCAGCAAGGCGGCGCUACCUUGCACAAUUCAUUGGCAUGCGAGAGCGUCGCGGCUGGGAAGGGUAACAUUUACUCCGCUACCAACAUCAACCGAAAGGACAACGAGGAAUUUUAUGUGGUUUUCAACAUCGUCCAGGAGGCUGACAGCAACGGCUCUAACAAAGAAAUGGGCCGAUCAGUCUUCCUCUCUAAAGAUGGGAGGAGGAUGAUUGGUAAGGAUGCAGAUUCUACUUCCAAGACGAAGCCCGAUGUCUCAAUGGAGGUGCAAACCACUUCGGUUCUUAUGCACCCAGACGAAAAGUUGCCGAAUUUAACAUCCAGACACUCCAACAUUAGAAAACAUGUCGGUGCGCGGAAUGCAGGUUCUAUUGCACAGGAAAGGUGUGAGGCAACCGUAACGAACUCAAGUCAGCGGUUCGGUUCGAGUUUUGAAUCAGAUAGCAAUGUUGUUAUGGCUAACGAACGGUGCGACAAUCAGCCAUUAGACGAAAGCUUAGCAGCUAACGAUGGCGGCACCGCGGAUCAGACGUCCGUGGAAUUGCAUCUCCAGUCUGCACAAAAGUUUACAGGUGCUUUGAUUUCUGAAAACGCCGCUUUCAUGGAAACCACACACAUUAGCGACGUCAACAGCUCUGACUACCUUUCUGAAUACUCGGGAAACACCUUUGCCGGAGCCUCCAAUGUUUCCUCUUCAGAAGAAACAUUUUCUGGGACCAUUAUGAUAAACAACCAAAGCAUUAUCGUGACUAUUGAAAACGGAGUAUUGACGUUAGCAGCGCCCCCUGACGGCCAUGCGCCGAAAGAAGACGUGGCUAACCUGAAACAUCAGCUUGGCAUGAAAAACCACCAAGAUAUAGUCUUGAUUAAUUAUGACAGUUCGACCAAAACUGUCGGGAAGAACAGUAAUGUGGCCGUGGGCUCCAUCCAGUAUGAAGAAUCGAGAAUGGCGGUGAGUGACUCGGGUUUGAAUCUGGAGGAGAACUGCACAUUUCCGGACGCAGCCUCCACUUUGGACUCCUGCACCUCUGCUAAAGAGCAAGAGGACGGGACCCUGUGUUCAUUGGGCGACGGGGAUAUGAUCAGUGCAGGUGCGAGGGGGGUGAUGCAAACCGGCUUCAUCGUGUGCGACAGCGACCUGCCCCCCUUAAAGCUGGGAGGAACGAUGACGUUGAAGAAAGGCUCCCGCACCAAGUACAGGUGCUCGCAGACAGAAUGCACGGAGACCUUUGACACCAAGCACAAGCUGAAGAUACACCUCAUCUCUCACGCCGACGACCAGAGGCCCUUCAAGUGCUCCAUGGAGGACUGCGGCUGGUCCUUCACCACCUCGUACAAGCUCAAGCGCCACCUGCAGUCCCACGACAAAGUGCGCCCCUUCACCUGCGAGUGGGAGAACUGCGGCCGCAAGUUCACGACCGUGUACAACCUGAAGGCGCACGUCAAGGUGCACGACCAGGAGAACGCCUUCGCCUGCGAUAUCUGCAGCGACCACUUCCGCAGUGCCUCCAAGCUCGCCAAUCACCAGCGCACCCAUUUCGAACCGGAAAGGCCUCAUAAGUGCGAGUUUCCAGGCUGUGAGAAGACCUUCAUCACCUUCAGUGCCCUGUUCUCCCACAACCGCACGCACUUCCGGGAGAUAGGCCAGUUCACCUGCACCUUCCCCGGCUGUGACAAGCGCUACGACAAGGCCUGCCGCCUCAAGAUUCACCUGCGCAGCCACACGGGAGAGCGGCCCUUCAUGUGCGACUCUGAGGGCUGCGGGUGGUCCUUCACCAGCAUGUCCAAACUGCUCCGGCACAAGAGGAAGCAUGACGACGACCGGCGCUUCACCUGCUCGGAGGAGGGCUGUGGCAAGUCCUUCACCCGGGCGGAGCACCUGAAGGGCCACAGCAUCACCCACCUGGGCACCAAGCCCUUCGAGUGCCACGUGGAGGGCUGCAGUGCUAAGUUCUCUGCGCGCAGCAGUUUGUACAUCCACUCUAAGAAGCACCUGCAGGACGCCAGCGGGCUGAGGACACGCUGCCCUGUGGCCUCCUGCAGCAAACACUUCUCCUCCCGCAGCAGCCUGAAGAGCCACAUGCUCAAACACCACAACCUGAGCCCCGACGUGCUGAGUCAGCUGGAGAUGUCCACGUCGCUGACCCCCAGCAGCGAGCUGACGAGCGCAGGCCAGACGGGCGGGGCCCCGGGCGGCGCCGCGGGCGAGCUCGGCAGCAUCGACCUGACCUCGCUCUUCUCCAACGCGCCAGGAGGGGGCGCUGGGGCGGGCGUGCCGGCGGGCGUGACCAUGGACAUGUCGCUGGUCAGCUCGGGCAUCCUGACCAUCGACGCCGCCUCGGUGGGGGCCACGCUGGGCGGGGCCGGCGGCGCCCUGGCGCAGGCAGUGGACCCACUCAUCCUGGCGGCAGAGGCCAACAUAAGCUCCCACGGGCUUGACGGGGCCCUGGGGCAGGGCGGGGCCGGCGGGGUGCUCCCUCAGGGGACCCUGAACCUCGACGACGUCCAGACCGUGAACCCCGAGGCCCUGGGGUCCCUGGCGGCCCUGUCCAUGAGGGGCCCCGCGGCCCCCGAGCAGCUGCACCCGCUCAGCUCCUCCAGCACCCUGGGGCCCGACGCCCCUGCCUCCCUCACCCCCUCCAGCAGUCUGGCGGGGGCCCCUGGCCCCGAGCCCGACCGGGGCAGCGGGGCCCUGCUGGGGGCCACCGACGUGCUGGGGCAGCAGGAGGGCAGCAAGGUGGUGACGCAGUUCGUCUUCUCUGGCCACGCCGGCAGCUUCAGCGCGCAGAAGGACCCCGAGCUCAACGCCGUCUCCACCUGCUCCUUCCUGGAGAGCGGAGGCUCUGCGAGGACUGACUACAGGGCGAUCCAGUUGGCCAAGAGGAAGAAGCAGAAAGGCCCAGCCUGCAGUCCAGGCGGCACCGCUCUCGGCCCGAGGAAGACGAAGGGCGUGAAGACCAGCGCCACGGCGACGGCUGCCCCGGCGACCGGCCGCUUCGGCGAGGGCGUGGCCUCGGCCAACGCCGGGCUGACCAUCCGAGACCCCGUCACCGGGGCCCAGUACGUGCAGAUCCAGCUGCUGCAGGACGACCCAGCAGGGGAUGGGGACCUAGCCUUCCAGCUCAGCUCCCAGACCUCCAGCUCGCACUCCCAGCUCACCGUGGACCUGCCUGUCAACAUCCUGCAGGAGCCUGCUGCUACAACGGAGGAUGACGCAGGAUCAGACAACUCCCAGUUCACAGGAAGCACCAUCAACCUCCAGGACCUGGAGUGAGCCAGGAAACAGGAAACCCAAAACAGGAAGUUGUGGCCUGAGCACAGGAAGAUGAGCACCACUUUGUGGUGCAGUGACUGACAGUCAAACUUGUUUAAUCGAAUCUCUUUUUAUUUUGAAAAAAGUAUAUUCCAAUGGAAGAUGUUUCUAAAGCUUGCCCUUUUGAUAAGGCCUGCCUUUCUAACCCUUUGUACUAUGCGAGUGUGACUUAAAUGGAAGUUACGCUCAUAUACCGUGGGACAGGAUGUUGAAAAUUGUUGAAGCUUUUAGAUUUUUACUUCGAUUCUCACUGCAAAAGUAAGAAUUUAUUGAGCAUGUUUUUUUGGUUUGUUUUCAUUCUUGCAUUCAGAAUGAGUUGGUUUUCAGAAAUCAUGUUGCUUGAGAGUAAGCACUUAAGACAUGAACUCUGUUCAGUGCAUGUCCUCGUCUGAAUCUUCUCUGGGGAGGCCUGUGCAUGUCUUUGGCUUAAGUUGGCGAUCACACAUAUAAAUGCAUACACAGUGUCAAUUGUCUUUGCCUUAUGGACAUUACAUUUAUAUUGCAAUUAACCUGAGAACAAAUAUGUGGUUUAUGUUGAUUAUGGUGUUUUUUAAUUUAUUUUUCUAUUGUUGCAUAUCUUACAAAAAAACUUUUUUUUUGUUGGAGAAAAUAAAGUGUGCUCCAUGUUAAUAAUGUCAUGAGUGCCCAUAUGUAUAACUUCAUGUACUUAUUUAUUAGGUUUGGUUUAUCAAAUUGAAAGUCAAAUAAAGUCCUGUUAUUGAAGCACAAGA